GUUUUCCUUUAUUUUUGUAGCAGCUUGAACCAUGUUAGUCGCGUGUCUUCUGCCUGAAAAACCAGUUGCUGCAUGCACUGUGGAUGUUUUCGUGCCACCUCAGACGGCACGUGCGUUCUCGAGGGUUGUUUUUCGGGACCCACGGUUGUGGCGUCGGAAAACGGUGACCUCGCCUGCGACACCAACCGCGCACCCAGUUGUGCCUACAUAAACGCCCUCGACAGAAGCGAGUCAUGCGCGUCUCGCGCAAGCCAGCGAUUCGAGCGAGAGAUGUUCUUUAUCGGAAGCCUAGUGUCCAACCUGGCGACGCGACACGGCGCCUUCUUGGCGACGUUGUCGGUCGUAGCGCUGUCCUCGGUCGCCGUGUCGCUCGUGGUCUACCGAGUUGAGCCGGAGCCUUACCUGGACGAGAUCUGGCACGUCCCCAUGGCGCGAAAUUACUGCGCCGGAAAUUACAGCCACUGGGACGACGAGGUCACCACACUGCCGGGAGUCUACGCCCUGUCCAUGGCGUUGCUUUUCGUGCUCGGCUUCUUCAGUUCGGCGAACCACUGCACCGUUUACGUCCUCCGCUGCACCAACGUGGUCUUGGGGCUGGGCAACUGGAUCGCGGCGUACGCGAUCGCCGACAAGUUGGCUCGGCCCGGCGACUCCUCGCGCCUCAAGCCUCUUCUGGUCAGUGCCGCGGUCAACUCCCUCCCCAUUCUCCAGUCGCUCACGAACGUUUACUACACCGAGCCGGGAGGCGUCUUUUUCCUCCUGCUGAUGUACCUGUCGUACCUCCACCGGCGACACUGGCUGGCGGUGACCUUCGGAGCUGUGGCUGUAUUCUUCCGGCAGUCUUCCGUGCUGUGGGUGGCCAUGACGGCUGGUUUCGUGGUCAUGGACACGUUCGAAGCAAGCGUUCAAGUCUCUUACAAGAACGUGGUUCUAGAAAGGCAUCAAAAAGGCGGCAAGAACGGCGUCCGGCGACUGCACACACCGGGAAGGGACAAUAAUGCUGUACAAGGACACUUUCCGGGAGACUGCGAGAACAACGUCCAAGGACAACGUCCUGGUGGAGACUGCAAGAACUCUGAAGUUUGUGGAAGCAUACUUCAGGGACAUAUACCGCGAGACCGCAGGAAAGGCCUUCGCGAACGCUGCGAAGAACACUACGGGAACGGCGUUCAAGGACAGAUCCAAGGAAGUCACAAGAAUGGCGUCCGUCGUACGACGGCGUCGCACCAAGAACUGCAAGCCAAGGACCGUCUCCAUGUCGUCUGGACGAUCGUGGUCGACGACCUGCGCGUGGCAUUUAGAGACUGCAUCGGUUACCUUCUCGUUGGCCUCUGCUUCGCCGCAUUCAUCGUCUUCAACGACGGCAUCGUCGUGGGGGACCGCGAGCAUCAUCGGCUCUGCUUUCACCCCCCUCAGAUGGGGUACUUCUUGGUCUUCACGCUCUUGCACGCGGCGCCUCACUUACUCAGACCGUCGGUCAUCGCCGACUUCCAGAAGAGCCUUGCACGAAGGCCGCUCGCGUACGCGGCAGUAACGCUGAUCUCGGUCCUCGCCGUCCAGAACUGCACGCACCUGCAUCCUUACACCCUGUUGGACAACCGUCACCUGACGUUCCACGUCUGGACUCACGUCCUGGGCAGGGGCCCGCUGGUACGCUGCUGCCUGGUGCCGACCUACGUGUACGCAGGCUACGCCGUCCUCCGCAGGCUUGAGCACACCCAGUUGCUGUGGCGUGUGCUUUACGUCGCCUGCGCGUUUGCCGCCACCUCGUUCCACGAGAUGCUCGAGUUUCGCUACUUCAUCGUGCCCUACGUCUUCUUCCGCCUUCACGUGCGGGACGACACCUACCGGGAGCUCUUGGCUGAGCUGGCGCUGAACAGUGUCGUGUACUGCGCGAUGCUGUACAUGUUCCUCUCCCGCGCAGUCGUGUGGAACAUUAACGGCACGGCUCAAAGUUUAUUUUGGUAGGGCGUUACUCGUCGUUAGAGAGUGCACUCCGUUGCAGUCUGGGGUCACCAUUGUCGUUUGUUUUCCUUCCAGAUACGCCCCCAACGACAUUUAGCCGCAAAAGCUUGAAGCCAAGGAAAAGCGUAGAGGAAACUAGCCUCCAGCUUCCCUAUAGGUGUGUUUUCUACAUUGAAAUGUAAAAUUAAAAGAUAGGUAGAUGGUCAUGUAUACUUGUGAAAUCCACAGUGCGUCGCAGGGGCCAUGUUGUGGUUAUAGGAUCGACUCCCGCGAUGGCAAGUUGUCGUUUCUUCUAUUUUCAUUUAACUUUAUAUUAUCUCAAUUAAAGAAUGCUGGUUAUUUCCCGUAUGCUUUCCUUGUCUGCAUUGUCAGCUGGAUACAUAUGUAUGUUGCCAAUAAAUACAAAAAGAGACAGCCCCUUCGCUCUUAUAAUCCUCCUCAC